CUCCACUGGACGCUUCUCUGGCCAUCCUUCCUGUGAGUCUGGUUGACCUAAAGCAACUUCCAAGAUGUCGCAGCAAUACACUCUGCCAGUGACCCUGCCCCCUGCCCUCAGUCAGGAGCCCCUCAAGUCUGUUCCUCCUCCCACUGAUAUCCAGCAGGAACAAGUGAAGCAGCCAACUCCUCUGCCUGUCCCAUGCCUGGAGGUACCCUCUGAGCUCCCAGGGGAGACCCCUUUGGAGCACGGGGAGAAACACACAACUCUUGUGAAGGAGGUACCCGAGCAAGAGUGUGAGCUGCAGCAGAAGGAGCCACAGCAGCCGGAACAGCAUCAUGAGCAGCAGCAACAACAAGAGUCACAGGAGCAGGAACAGCACGUGGAACAGCAGCAGCAAGAGUCACAGGAGCAGGAACAGCACGUGCAACAGCAGCAGCAAGAGUCACAGGAGCAGGAACAGCACGUGGAACAGCAGCAGCAAGAGUCACAGGAGCAGGAACAGCACGUGCAACAGCAGCAGCAAGAGUCACAGGAGCAAGAACAGCACGUGGAACAGCAGCAGCAAGAGUCACAGGAGCAGGAACAGCAUGUGGAACAGCAGAAGCAAGAGUCACAGGAGCAGGAACUGCAUCUGGAACAGCAUGUGGAGCAGCAGCAGCAGGAGCUACAGGAGCAGGAAGUGCAGCAGCAGCAGCAACAAGCAGAGUGUGGGGAACAUCAGGAAGCAGAAGACCCGGAGCAGCAGCUGGAGCAGGAGAAGGCACAAAGGCAGCAGCCGCUAAAGGGAGAGCUGGAACAGGAGAACAAUCUCCUGGACCAGCAGCUGGACCAAGAGCGAGCAAAGAAAGAUGAGCAACUGGAAAGGAAAGAGGAGCAGCUGCUGGAACACCUGGAGCAGCGGGAGAAGCAGCAGGACCCAGCAGCGCAGCAGGGGGGGCAGCUGAAACAGCCUGUGUUUACCCCAGCCCCUGGCCAGGACCAGGAGACCCACCCCGCCCAGCCGCUGAAGGGAGACGUCUUGCUCCCUGAAGAGCAGCAGCAGCAGCAGCAGGUGUAGUGCCCCCCCCCAAACAUAAAUCACCACCCCCAGGGGCCCAGAGGCCCCCGGCAAUCCCGCACAAGUGAAGAGAGCACCAGUGGCCUCGCUUACCUCAGGUCCUCUGCCUGGUGGCCCGCCUUGUCUGUGAACCUGCCCGACCCUGUCCUUCUGCACGUCCUUUGGUAGGGCUGGGGGGAGGGGACGUUGCCACCCAGCGCCCAUCACCCUGAGCCCAGCCCCAACCUCCGGUGGCCAGAGCCUCUGCCUGAGGACAGUUACUACAGCAACUCUGACUGCAUCCCCUCAGUGUGAUAGCUGAAUCUGUGAGUGUGCACAAUGAUACAGAAUAAAUC